AUGGCCAAACGCUUGAUCCCAACAUUCAACAGAGUUCUCGUCGAGAAGAUUCUGCCCCCUUCCAAGACCUCUGCUGGUAUCCUCCUCCCAGAAAAAUCAGCCAAGUUGAACUCCGGUAAAGUUAUUGCCGUCGGGCCGGGGACUCCUCUGGAAUCAGGGCAUAAAAUCCCAGUUGCUGUGAAAGAAGGAGACACUGUUCUCUUGCCUGAGUAUGGUGGAACCCAAGUCAAAUUGGGCGACAAAGAGUAUCAUUUGUACAGGGACGAGGAUAUCUUGGGCACUUUGCACGAUUGA